GACGCAGUCGCCGGCCUGAGUUUACACCAGGACACAGCUUUGUAAACAGUUUAUUCUCACUGGCACCCUGAAUAGCUUUUUGUGGGCGACGGGUGGAGAGGGAUUGGUGUUGGUGACUGUCAUUUUGUCCUGAGACUGAGAAGUAGAGGCCGGACUUAGACAGAGGAAAGCACUCAAGAUGGCAGCCAACGAACAUGUGAAGUCGGCAACACGAUACACGCUGAUUUUUCUUAACUUCCUUUUCCUGGCUGUGGGGAUAGCCGCCAUGGCAGUAGGCGGGUACAUACUCAUGGACCGCAAGGAGAUGCGCACCUGACCUUUCUGAGAGUCGUCAACAACGAUGUCGGGAUGCUGCAGACUGCCGCCAUCAUCAUCAUCACUUCCGGUUUUCUGGUCUUCGGCCUCGGCGUGGUGGGGUGUUGCGGGGCCUGUAAACAAACCAAGUGUCUGCUGGCCUUGUAUGUUGGCGCUGUGGCCUUGGCCCUUGUUCUGACCUUGGCGGCGACCUCGGUGGCCCUGGCUUACCGGACAGUUGUGGCGGAGGAGCUGCUGGCCAAACUGCGGGACUCUCUGAUCACCAGGUACCAGGGUUACAUCACCUCAGAUGACCAGUUCUCGCGAGCCAUGGACUUCGCUCAAGUGGAGUUUCAGUGUUGCGGUGUGAACAGCUGGCAGGACUACAACCUCACCACAAACUGGACAGUGCGCUCGUCCGCUGUCGUACCGCUCACCUGCUGCAUCCUCGACAGGGACGCCUACCGAAAGGAGAAUUUUUACGUUUUACAAGACAUGGCGUGCGCCCGGAGCCCCAACUCCACCAACUCCAACAUCGACACACCAUGCUACGGCAAGAUCAAAGAGUGGAUAGAGACACAAGCUUAUGUCAUUGGAGGUCUGGGUAUCGCCAUCUGCGUUCUGCAGUUGGCAGGAAUGUUGUUGGCGCUCUGUCUGAUGACAUCAUGGAAAUCGAAAGACAGCGACUACUUCUACAGAGACAGCUACCUACGAAGCUAGCUGGUGGCUUGGUCACACCAUGGAGACCUCGCACUCCCACAACCUUCAACUAACGAGAAAUAGCAGCAGGUUAGAGAGAUUCACCCAAGGGCCGAUCAGUUGAUGACGUCAUGGACGUGGCAGGUCAUCCUGACACACCUGCCCUAGGACAUGUACAGGUGGACUGCUGUCUGUCUGCCGAGACCAACACUUAGCCUCUUGCGAAGUCAUCCACUGUUAGUCUCGGCGAGCCUAAACAAUGAAUGUGACUAAACCGGAAGCUUUGUACACACCUGCCUCGUUUUAGUAGUUAAUCUGAAAUGUGAAUAAACCGGAAGCUGUGUACACACGUCUGCCAGCAGUCCAGUAAUGGAGGUUCGUACCUGCCCUUCACCUGUCCACUGGAUUAUCAACCGGCGCGAGGACACCUGGGGUAGCAAGACAAGCGACCACGUGCAUCCUGGCAACCCUCGGAUGUCAUCCGGGUAUUAAGAUGUCAGACAGAGGGCUGUCUCAGCUGUGUCAUGUCGUGUCAGCUGACCACGGACUUAGAAACAGUUUACACACAUUUCCGAAGAAAAUUUUGCAUUUUUUACUUUGUUAAGUUUUCCAUUGUUACAUUCACCUAACGCUGAAA